CAGUAGAGACAGAAGCGGGCAUUUGUGGACCUGUCGAGGUGGCUUUCUGUGAGCCAUCCCCUGAUUUCCUCCGGAGCUGAGGCUCAGUGUGUGUGGGUGCUGUGCUUCAGGCGGCCUGAUGACACCCAGCGCCCCUCCAUCUGUCUGAGGGGAGCAACGUUAGCGCCCGGAGAUGAAAUCUGGCUCUAACGUGACACACGGUAAGGCCAUGUAAGGUGGAACCAUGGGAGGCCAAAAUGCAAAACACUGCCCAACCCUGAGGAAUGACGGAGACAGAGGAGGUCGUACAAAUAAAAACACAGCCGACCCAAUGUUCAUGAAUUCAGCAGCUCUGACGUGGUACGCAGCUGUGGAGUACAAAGGUGGAGAGGAGCUGGUGCAGCAGUCAUGUUUGUAAAGCUGAAUGAGGAAAUAUAAAGUGCACAUUCUUUGGAUCACGUCGCUGAAAAAAGAGUAGGCGUGCUCGAUCUGUGCCUAUGACACAGGACCAAGUGAGUCAAAUGACAGCACUGGAUGGAGUGGCCACGGAUGCAGCUAUGUAAGAAGACAUCUCUCCAGUGCACAGGUCCAGACAAUCAACACACUGCUGUGAUUCAUGUCACACAUGUGGGCUCUCAGGGGAAAACAGUGGUUACUCAGCAGAAGAGAAACCAGCAGAUGAUGUACACCUGAGAGUUCUCUCAGCAUUCGGACAGCUCCUGCAGGACGACAAACAGCUUUCCAGUUUUUGAUAGAAGAGGAGAAGACAGGAAACGGGUGCUCUGAGGGGGUCGACAUGCCUCGGAACCGAGCCUUUUCUGAGCCGGAGUACUCGGCAGAGUACUCGGCGGACUGCUCUGUGACGCUGCCCUCGGACCCCGGGCAGGCAGUGGGGCGAACGCAUGAGGUCACGGUUCGGAGCUCAGGAUGCUGCCUCUGUCUGCCACGGUUCAUGCGCCUCACCUUUGCUCCCGAGUCUCUGGAGAACCUUUACCAGACCUACUUCAGACGACAGAGACACGAAACCCUGCUGGUGCUCGUGGUGUUCGCCGCUCUCUUUGAUAGCUACAUCAUCGUCAUGUGUGCGGUGGUCUACACUACUGACAAGCUGGCUUCUGUUUUAGUGGCAUCACUGGGACUGGCAGCAGAUAUUAUCCUUUACCUGCUGUGCCGAUUCGGCCUGCUGCCAGACCGCAUCUCCAGACGGGUGGUGCCCUACGCCCUGUGGGUGCUCAUAGCAGCUCAGAUAUUCUGCUACCUGGGGCUGAACUAUGCUCGCUUCCACCAGGCCAGUGACACGGUGGGCUGGCAGGCUUUCUUCAGCUUCUCCUUUUUCCUGACUCUGCCUUUGAGGCUGACGCCCAUUGUGCUGAUCACUACUGUAUCCUGUGGGGUCCACACACUGGUUCUGGGUGUCACCAUUGCCCAACAGCAGCAGGAGGACAUCCAAGGGGCAGCGCUCAGCAGACAGCUGCUGGCCAACAUCGUGAUCUACGUGUGUGCCAUCACUGUGGGUGUCAUGUCGUACUACAUGGCUGACCGGAAGCAUCGGAAGGCCUUUCUGGAGGCAAGACAGUCGCUGGAGGUCAAACUCAACCUGGAGGAGCAGAGCCAGCAACAGGAACGGCUGCUGCUCUCCAUCCUCCCAAAGCACAUAGCUGAUGAGAUGCUUCAGGACAUGAAGAAGGAGCCCAGUCAGAAAGAGAUGCAGCAGUUCAACACCAUGUACAUGUACAGACAUGAAAAUGUCAGUAUUCUGUUUGCAGACAUCGUGGGCUUCACCCAGCUGUCAUCGUCCUGCAGCGCCCAGGAGCUGGUCAAACUGCUCAAUGAGCUCUUUGCUCGCUUUGACAAACUGGCUGCAAAAUAUCACCAGCUGAGGAUCAAGAUCCUGGGAGACUGCUACUACUGCAUCUGUGGGCUGCCAGACUACAGGGAGGACCACGCUGCCUGCUCCAUCAUGAUGGGCCUGGCCAUGGUGGAAGCCAUCUCGUACGUCCGAGAGAAGACCCAGACAGAUGUUGACAUGCGGGUCGGAGUGCACAGCGGCACGGUCCUGGGAGGAGUGCUGGGUCAGAAACGCUGGCAGUAUGACGUCUGGUCCACAGACGUCACUGUGGCCAACAAAAUGGAGGCUGGAGGGAUACCAGGUCGCGUCCACAUCUCACAGAGCACCAUGGAGUGUCUUCAUGGUGAGUUUGAUGUGGAGCCAGGGAAUGGAGGUGACCGCUGUGACUACCUGAGGGAGAGGGGCAUCGAGACCUACCUGGUGGUUGUUCCUAAAGGACCUGUGGGAAAGAAUGGCAUCAACGGUGUAAAGCUGUCUGUGACCUCCUCCAAUGGAAACUCCCCCUUGCUGAUCAACACCACAGAGUGUAACGGCAGUGCUAACACAGCCUGCACCACACCGGAGGAACCAGAGGAACUGGACACGAGGGUGGUGAAUCCAUCUUUCCCUAACCCUCGGAGAAGGCUGCGGCUGCGGGACCUGGCUGAGAGGGUGAUCGAUGCUCAGGAGAACGAACAGGAGCUCAACAAGCUGCUGAAUGAGGCUCUACUGGAGAGAGAGACGGUCCAAGCUUUGAAGGGGAAGCACACCAACAGGCUCUCCCUGAGGUUUGUGGAUCCGGACCUGGAAACUCGUUACUCCGUGGAGAAGGAAAAACAGAGCGGAGCUGCCUUCUGCUGCUCCUGUAUGGUCCUGCUCUUCACUGCGGCUAUGGAGGCACUCAUAGACCCCUGGCUGAUUGCAAACUACAUCACCUUUGCAGUGGGAGAAGUCCUCCUGCUCAUCCUGACAAUCUGUUCUCUGGCCGCCAUCUUCCCUAGAGUCUUUCCCAAGAAGCUGGUGUCUUUCUCCACCUGGAUCGACCACACCCGCUGGGCUCGUAACACCUGGGCAAUGGCAGCCAUAUUCAUCCUCACUAUGGCCGACAUCAUGGAUAUGCUGAGUUGUCUGCCUCAAGUCCCAGACUCAGGCAGCACCACCGUGGCUCCCUCCUCCACCUCUUCUUCCUCCUCCUCCUCCUCCUCCGCUUGGUCUGGUCCUGACGGUUGCCGGGACAACCCCAAAUAUUACAGCUACAUUGCUGUGCUGGCACUGAUGGCUACCACCAUGCUGGUCCAGGUCAGUCACAUGGUCAAGCUCACACUGAUGCUCCUCAUCACUGUGGCCACCGGCAUUGUGAACAUCUACAGCUGGAGGGACAUCUUCGACCGCUACGACAUGGCCCGCUUCCAGGAAUACAGGUCAUCCCUGGUGCCCUCCAAGUUCACAAUGACGAUUAUGAUCUUCAUUAUGAUGGUCAGCUUCUAUUAUUUCUCCCGACAUGUGGAGAAGCUCGCUCGCACCCUAUUCCUGUGGAAGAUUGAGGUCCACGAGCAGAAGGAGAAAGUGUAUGAGAUGAGGCGCUGGAAUGAAGCACUGGUGACCAACAUGCUGCCUGAACACGUGGCUCGACACUUCCUGGGCUCCAAGAAAAGGGACGAGGAGCUGUACAGCCAGUCCUACGACGAGAUCGGAGUCAUGUUUGCCUCAAUCCCCAACUUCUCUGACUUCUACACAGAGGAGAGCAUCAAUAACGGAGGGAUCGAAUGCUUGCGCUUCCUCAACGAGAUCAUCUCAGACUUUGACAGUCUUCUGGAUGAGCCUCAGUUCCGCUGCAUCACAAAAAUCAAGACCAUCGGCAGCACCUACAUGGCAGCAUCGGGUGUCACCCCAGAUGUCAGCAAUGGCUACACCUGCAUGAAGAAGGAGGAGCAGUCUGACAGAGAGCGCUGGCAGCACCUGGCAGACCUGGCAGACUUUGCUCUGGCCAUGAAGGUCACACUCAUGAACAUCAACUACCAGUCAUUCAACAACUUCAUGCUACGCAUCGGUCUGAAUAAAGGCGGAGUGCUAGCAGGAGUGAUCGGUGCCCGUAAACCCCACUAUGAUAUCUGGGGCAACACUGUGAAUGUGGCCAGUCGCAUGGAGUCCACAGGGGUGAUGGGAAACAUCCAGGUGGUGGAGGACUGCUACAACAUCCUCAAGGAGUACGGUUUCCGCUUUGUGAGGAGGGGGCCCAUCUUUGUGAAGGGGAAAGGGGAGCUGCUCACGUAUUUUCUGAAGGGUAGAGACAAACAAGGCUCGUUCAUUAACGGCUCCUCCGUCACUCUGCCGCACCAGGUGGUGGACAGCUAAGGACCACAAUCACCGACACACUCCCCCAGCAAUCACAUCCACUGUGUGGGAAAGGCAGAGAGGAGGCAGAGGACUGAACCUGACCUGAAACUUAACAGAGUGUUUACAGUUCAGCUUAAAUGGAAAUACUACUGACACACUCCACACACACCUGUGACGGCACACCACUCAUUACUGAAUGCACACACGUGUUCACGGUCAAUGGAAAGACAUAUGAGACAGGUGAGACUCUAUUUAAAUUCGAAUGCCAUGUUCAAGUUGAACCAGAAUUAAAAAGGUGGAUUAUUUGAUGGAAUAGAUAGAACACAGAUUUACAAACAAAUACAAAUAACAAGACUGAGGCUGCAUAAAGUAAGUGGGUGAGAUAGGCUGGUGUCUGCAGAACCAAGCUCAAGUGUCAUCAAGCAGUCUAGUCUAGUGAUGGCCACAUACUUUCAAUCAUGUUCAGCUGCUCAUAAAAAGAACCCAAAAAUAUGAAACGCAAUUUCUUGUAAAUUCUGGAAAUCCUGGAUUUUCACCCAAAUCAGUCAAUUCAUUUGGUUCCUGACUGAACAUUUCACUUAAGUGAAGUAAAACCUGAGAUAUCCGGCUCUUUAACAAACUGUUACAGUUACUGGGGUUAGUUGGGGGCUGUGGCGUGUUCAUGUGAAACGGUACCUCCAGCGUUUUCCUCCACACUGAGUGGAAAUGGCCUCCAGAUGGGCUGAUGCUGCAGAUGUGUCACACAGGACCAGUCACUGCAGCACAAACUCCACCUUGAGUCCUAAAAAAAAAAAAAAAGAUUUUUCACGUGUUUUUUGUUGUUGACAUUUUUGCUUGUGUUUUGAAUUCAGCGUUUCAGCAUGAGGAUGACUAAUUCAGAGUGAUGUCAUUUAAAUUCAAUGAUGGUCUUUAUCUCUUUCCAAAGAUGAUAACCAACCUCACACACACAUGCACUCACUCACUAGCCUUUUAGCAAACACACCAGUUUUGUUGCCGUCUCCUCGGCACAUUAACACUUCGUGACUUUCGGAUGCCCAGCGUAAAUCUGGACAUCUUUCCCCCAUCUUUCCCUCAGACUUAUCUGAGUCCAGAUUUUCUGUCUCUGAGGAGGAAGAUGACUUGGAAGUGGAUCAAUGAGAGGCCAGACUGUGAUGACACAGAGUGAGCUGGCACCCGCUGCUGCCCAUGUGUGGCCGUGGGUGUGUGUGUGUAAGAGUGUGUGCAUUGCUUAUAGUGUGUUUUCCCACAGUCACAGUGUUGGUUUUCCUUGAUUGUGAUCUGGGGACAGGUCAGAUCUGUCAGUACUGUGCUCUCCUCUCUGCUCCUGGACCUUGUGCAGCACACGAAGGACGACAGACGUCCACACUGUAAGUCUUAGGAGAGGUGACACAUGAAAGAAAUCUUUUUCACACUGCUUGUGGAUUGAUGGAAGGGCCUCUCACAGCUGUGAUCACCAUCUUUAAGUAUACAGGAGACAGGAGCAGUCAGGUGACCAGACAGGGUGAAAACUAUUUCCAAUGGAAAGAGUAAAAUGUCUGUUGUAAACAUCCAUCACAGCUUAUAGAGUCACUUCCUGUGCUGCAGUAAACUGGGUCUUAGCUUUAACUGUAUGAUGGUCAGAAGAAGAAUUUGAAGUAAACUGAGACAGUGGUUUAUUUCACAAUGUAAAAUGAUGACAGCAACAAAAAGUUCAAAUCCGUGAAGAGGAACUUGUUGCAGCCUUUCCAUGCUUUUUUUGCACUAGAUGUGGAUCGACCCCAUUUCCAGCAGGUAUUAACGUGUGAUCUGCAGAUAAUCGGAUUAUGAGGCCUUUGCAUUUACACCUGGAAUGAAUGAACAUCUGUUUCCACUCUGCCUGCUCUGUUGGUGAGGCAGCUGACUCUCUGUAGCAGGAAGCAGUUUUCAGUUUAGCUCUGACAAGUGCUGUCCACCCACAGUGAUGUGAUGCAGUGCGCCCCCGUCCCCACCCCUUUGCUUCAUGGACAGUGUCAUCCAUUUUUAAAUAACCUCUUGGGAAGAUAUGCUAGAGGCUACCUGUAGCUUCUCACUGGGCAGCUUGAGAGAGCAUGAAGUGGCACAGUGAGGGUCAGGUGACCUUUCAACGCACUGGGUCGACUCCUGAAGUUGGCUUCAUCUGUGUGGCUUUAGUCUCCGCUUGCUUGGUCAUGUAAAGGCCUACAUAUUCCAAAGUGGGCAUGGACACACACACAGCAGACGUGCACAGGUUUCUGCACAUGCUAACGUGUUUACACAUGCAGUUGGUGGAUGGUGAUUGUCUGUGCAGUGCACACUGACCCUCAGAGACAUGGUCAUACAGUCAGUCUCAUCUACUCCUAAGAGGACACGUCCUCUCACAGCUUCAGCAGGUCUCAUCUCUAGCUGAGUCGUCUUGGUCCUUCUGCCUAAGGUGGAAGUAAGGUGAAAAGGCUUGACGCCGGACUCAGCGGGCACACUGGAAAAGUGUGCCAAGUGUGACUUGAAGCUUAUAAAUCUAAAACUAAAUAAAAUGAGCCUCAUUAUAGGAUAUUUUGGACCAGUUGAAGGGAAGCAGUGAUCAAGAGUUGGUGAACAGGGCCUCACAAAAACUACCACUAGGUGUAAAAGGUCAGCCUGCUCACAUGCAGGGCUUGAAGUCAUUUUUCUUCUGACAGCUCACCACAUUUGAGGCUCUGGCGUGAUAGCAGUAACUUACAGAGAAUGAGCACACCUGGCAGAACGCAGCUGUGCUGUGAGUUUUGGGGAAAGGAUUUAAGGAGCUGCUGCUCUGUCCUCUGCUAAUUGUAAAACCCAUUAGUGUCUCUGUAGAAUGGGAUGAAAGUGCAAUAGUUUCUUCUUCUACAAACCUGAUGCUCUCCUCUCUUCAGGAAAGGUUCAAUCAUUCCUUCCCCUUUAAUUCAUAUUUUUAUAAUGUACUGUUUUGUUCUAUUUAAAGAAAGGGAAAGGACUGAACACGUCCCCACUGUAAAUAGAAUUUAGACUGUGUUUAUUGGUCAAAUUUAUUUAUUGGGAACGACAGGGACGUCGUCUUUUUCUUACACAGAUGUGAAAGUGCCAAUGAUGAAGGAAUGGCUUUAGACGUAAAAGCUACAACAUGGACCACGGCUGUUUCCUUAUUUGUAUUUUAAAAGUAUCUCAGGCUUGGGAACAAAAUAGCACUUUGAAUAAUGUGUCAACUCUGUAUAUGAUUCCAGGUUCUGGUUGCAACAGAAUGUUUGAGCUAAGUACCAACGCAAGGACUCUGACAUGCCAUCUGGAGAACCCGUGGCAGCAACAACAUGAUUCAGUCCUGUGGUUCUAGUUGUUAUUACUGUUCAGAUUCUGUCCAAAUUUGACUCAGCUCUUUGACUCCUCCUCCUCACGGUUUUCGUGGAUUGAAUUGAACAUACUCUAGGUCUACUUAGCCUGUUCUGAGCAGUUGAUCCCAAUCCUGGUUUUUCAGUUGAAGAAUUUCUCAGUGUAUCCUCUUUCAUUUCUGUUGUUUGUCAUCAUAAGGUGAGUUGAUUAAAGAAAUCU